UCACUCACUCAAAAGUAUCGAAAACAGCUUCAUACGCUAUUGAGCCAAAAAUUUUCGCUCGCUUCUUGCUGCGCUACGAAAUCUCAAGAUAAAACAGAAGAGAAAUAUAAACAAAAGCCAAAAUAAAAAUGCUACGAUCAAAAAGGCAUUUGAUGGGCUUCAGUAGCUAAGCAUCUCAAUCAAUUAAAUUGCCAAAUGUUCAGCUAGUGCUUGUAGCUGCCAGAAGAGAAUAUAAUCGUCAAACCACACAGUGCAAUAAUAAAAAGAAAGAUAGAGAGAGAGAGAACUUCACUCGCGCCCCAUCUCGCUUGCACUCGCACUCGAUAGCGCGCCAUUCGCGACUCGACGACGACGACACUAGCAGCAGCGACAGCGACUCUCUCUCUGAGUGGUGUGUGUAUAAUAGCAAACGAGUGUAAUUCAGUCAACCCAGACUCAGAGGCUCAGGCUUGGGACUCUGAGGAGGCAGCGGAGGAGUUGUUACCAUGUCCGCUGUGGGUGAAUCGGUUGCUGGCGGCGGAUCAUCAGUUGAUGGCAACAACACUAAUUCAGCCACUACUGUGGUUGUCGGCAAUGGCAAUUCUAGUGGCGGCGGCAAUGCUGGCAGCGCCGGUGGCGGUGGUACAGCCUCGGCCAAUUCCAAUUCCAGCUCAAACAAGACCCAAUUGCCCCUAACGCCCCGCUUUACCGCCGAGGAGAAGGAGGUACUCUACACGCUCUUCCAUCACCAUGAGGAAGUCAUCGAUAUUAAGCAUCGCAAGAAGCAACGCAACAAGUACUCGGUGCGGGAGACAUGGGAUAAAAUAGUGCGAGAUUUUAAUUCCCAUCCUCAUGUUAGCGCCAUGCGAAAUAUUAAACAAAUUCAAAAAUUUUGGCUUAAUUCAAGGCUACGCAAGCAAUAUCCAUUUCGGGAUGGCACCUCCUCACAGCACACAUCAUCCGGCAUGGUUAAAGUCAAUUCCUCAUCCGCCCAACAGCAGCAGCAGCAUCAUCAACAUGAUGGUGUGAAAGUGGAACCGGAAUAUCAAAUCAGUCCCGAUCCAUCUGAGCAUAAUCCACAGGCAGACACAUUCGAAGAUAUUGAAAUGGAUGGCAAUGAUGUUAGCGAAAUGGAUGAUGAUCCCUUAGAGGCGGCCCAGCAGCAGCAGCAACAACAACAGCAACAGGUCCAAGAGCAGCAGCAGCAACAGCAGCAGCAGCAACAACAGCAGCAGCAACAACAACAGUCGGUUGUGGCAGCUGCUGAAAUGCAGAAGUUGCAAGUCUCUGCUGCUGCUGUGGCCGCCGCCAAUGCCAAUGCCAUGCUAACUACACAUCCUCUGAAUGUGGAUCAAAUAAGUGCUGAUAAGUUAUCGCUAACCGAUUUGCUGCAUUUCAAGACUGCCCGACCGCGUGAGGAUAGCAUCAUAUUGCAGAUAAAACAUCCCAGCGAGGCGACAGCCACCCAAAUUCACACAAUACCCACUCAGGGCCAACAGCAUACCAUGGCCACCAUUACCGCGGGCGGCUACAAUCAACAAAUAAUCAGCGAAAUUAAGCCCCAACAGAUCACACUGGCCCAGUAUCAGGCACAACAGCAGCAGCAGGCUCAGGUGCAGGCUCAACAAUUGGCCCAGCAGCAAUUGGCUGCACAGCAACAACAGCAGCAGCAAUUGGUGGCAGCGGCUCAUCAUCAGCAGCAGCAACAGGCAGCGGCCGCUGCUGUUGUCGUGCAACAGCAACAACAUCAACAGCAGCAGCAGCAACAACAACAGCAGCAGCAACAACAACAAUUGGCCGCAGCAAAUGUGGCAGCUGCUGCCGCUGUUAAAAUGCAAUUGACCGGAGCCACGCCCACCUUCACAUUUAGCGCCCUGCCCACAGUGACAGCAGCCCCCGUGGCAACUGGAACAACAGUAGUCGGUGGCCCUCAACCGAAUCAGACGGCAACAGUCACGAAUGUUAGCGUGACAACAGCAGGAACGGCCGUAGCCGCAGGCGGAGUAACUGCUGGCAUUCCGGGACUAGUGACAGCUCCGGCCGAUAAUUAUGAGGAGCGUGUAAAUUACUUCAAAGUGAAAGAAGCUGAAUUGCGUUGCAAGGAGCAACAAUUGGCCACCGAAACGAAGAAAUUUGAACUCAACAAGGUGCAGGAUGAGCUUAAAUAUAUGAAGGAAGUGCAUCGUUUGCGUGUCGAGGAGCUUAAAAUGAAGAUACGCAUCCUGCAGAAAGAGGAGGAGCAUUUGCGUAAGAAUUCCAAUUCAUGAGAUCAACUGGAGGACAUCAGCGAUGUCGACAAUGACGACGAUGACGAUGACAUUGGUGGUGUAGUCGUAGGGGAGGAGGCUGAAGUUGAGUACAUGGACAUGUUGCUCUAAAUUUAAAUCUAUAUAUACAUACAUGUACAUGUAUGUAUAUAU